AUGACACAUUCAGAUAGAAGUCACCAAUUCACUCAUUCAGAUACCAAAAGAAGGGCGUCUGUGGUGUAUGGCUCAGUUGGUAAAGGUGGUCUUUAUAUACCUUCAGACUUUAUUGGCUCGUCGUCUAAUCGUCAACAGUUCCAGGAUGAUAUAACAGCAGAUGAAAACUCCCCAUUGCUUGAUAUACAAGGGACACAAGCUGCAGUCGUGGAUUCUAAUCCAAAUCCUUUCAAGAAUAGACGAAAACUGAGCGUUGUCGCUCGAGAAUUAUUGGAGCAGGAAAGAGAGUUACUACAAGAGAAUCAUAUUGCAGUAGACGACUUGAAAAGCGAUGACGAGGUGAGGGACGCAUUUGAAGAAGCAGUGCAGAAUAAACAAAUUGAGGUGACUACUCCACUUAUCGAGUUGAAAACAUUGAUUAGCUCAGCCAUACCUUCAGUAGUCACAUUUCUUUUGCAAUGUUCACUUUCCACGGUGUCUGUUUUCAGUGUUGGUCACAUUGGUGCAACUGAGUUGGCAGCUGUUUCAAUGGGUGCCAUGACGGCGAACAUAACUGGUUAUGCCACUAUACAGGGUAUCGCUACUGCAUUGGAUACAUUGUGUCCCCAGGCAUUUGGUGCCAGGAAAUACACCAUGGUUGGAGAGUAUUUUCAAAAAUGUACUGCUUUGAUUGCGGUAGUUAUGUUACCAGUCUUGAUUGCAUGGGUGUUUUUUGGCUACGAUUUGAUAUGUCUUAUUGUUCCUGAUAAAGAGACUGCUAAAUAUGCUGCACAGUAUUUACAGUAUGUUUCCAUUGGUAUACCAGCUUACAUUUCGUUUGAAUGUGGGAAAAGAUUCUUACAAGCUCAGGGAAUUUACAACAUUGGUGCUUAUGUGUUGCUUAUAGCCGCCCCAUCAAACUUGUGCAUGAACUGGUACUUGGUUAAAAAGAUUGGAUACAUUGGUGCGCCAAUUUCGGUGGCAAUAAACUACUGGCUUAUGGCCAUUGGAUUGUUUGUUAUGACUGUGUUUUACGUCAAGGCAGAAGAUACCCCAAGUGGAUUUCAUCCGUUGAGAUGUUGGGGAGGACUCAACAUCAAACAAGCUUUCAAGGGAUGGGGCAGAUUAAUCUCGUUGGCUAUUCCAGGUCUUGUUAUGUUGGAGGCAGAGUUUCUAGCAUUUGAAAUAUUGACAUUGUUGGCAUCAUACCUUGGCACCAAAGCGUUGGCUGCACAAUCAAUUGGGACAACAAUGGCAUCAUUAACUUAUCAAGUCCCAUUUGCUAUUGGAAUUGCAUCUUCGUCAAGAAUUGCCAACUUUUUAGGAGCUGGGUUAGCCGAGUCAGCAAAAGUCACCACUAAAGUGUCUCUUUGUUUUGGAUUGGUGAUCUCCAUGUUAAACUUUCUUGCAUUAUACUGUUUCCAAAGACCAAUUGCCAAUGCGUUCACCAAGGAUCAAGAUGUCAUUAACAUUGUUCUCGAAGUCAUGUGGCUCAUUGCAUUGAUGCAGAUAUCCGAUGCCAUGAAUGCAAACUCGGCAGGUUGCUUAAGAGGACAAGGACAGACAAAGAUUGGAGGUAUUGUCAACUUGGUUUCAUACUAUGUGGUUGGUCUUCCAUUGUCAAUUUAUCUUGCCUUUUAUUCUCCAUGGAAAGGAUCAUUAGAUGGCUUGUGGGUGGGGAGUACAGUUGCAUUGACAAUUAUCGGAGUGGUGCAGAGUUACUACGCAUUAGCUGCUAAUUUUGAUCACUUAUGUGAGGAGGCAAGAAAAAGAACAUCGACCCAAGAGGUAUAA